AUGAAAAUUCUACGUAUAUUAAUUAUUAGUAUAAUUAUUUCACAUAUUUUAUUUUUUAUAUCUGCAAGUGAAAUCAAUUGCAGUGUUUCAUAUUUUAGUCACUAGAAUGCGUUGUAGUAUCCAGAUAAUGUUAUUUGAUGGCGGAGCACGUGUUGCUAUUUCCGAUUGUGUUUUAGUGUUCAAAUUAUUUUAUUUGGAAAAUCAUGACUAACGAAACAAUCACGGAAGAAAAUGGAGAAGAAAAUAGAGAAGAAAGUGAAAAUACCAUUACUAAUGGUACAACAGAAGAAAAAGUAGAAGAGGAUGAAACUACAAAACCAGGUUUCCUAAUCUUAGGUUCUAAGAGUCAUAAGAAAAAGCGAGAGGUUAAAAGAGUAUUACCAAAUUGGUUAGCGAAACCAGAAAUAAUAUGUGCAGACUUAAACAGUGGUCCAACAUUGGACGAAGUUAGUUCCUUAGAACCGCAGCUUAUAGAAAUUUUGAGAGCUAAUGGAAUAAAUAAAUUAUUUCCGGUACAAGUUAGUAUAAUCAAUUGGUUGUCGAAAUGUGAAGAAGAUAGAAAAAAAUUCGGAUAUUGGCCACGAGACGUUUGUGUAUCUGCACCUACAGGCAGUGGUAAAACUUUGGCAUACGUAUUACCAAUAGUACAACAUUUACAGUCUAGGUUAGUACCAAAAAUACGUUGUUUAAUUGUAGUGCCGGUGCAAGAACUGGCUCUACAAAUUCACAAAGUAGUCCUCACUUAUACGUCUCAUACAAAUUUAAAAGCAGGUUUGAUUACGGGUGCCUCGUCAUUUGAACAGGAACAAAAUAAUUUAAUCAGAAAAACUAUUUCAAAUGAGUACGUAAGCUCAGUGGAUAUACUGAUAGCCACACCAGGACGUUUAGUUGAUCACAUAUUAAAAACUCCUGGGUUUUCUUUAGAAUCCCUUCGCUAUCUUAUUAUCGAUGAAGCUGAUCGUGCAACAGAAUGGUUACAAUAUAUUCCUGAACUUCACUUAAAUGCACUGCCAUUGACUUUGGAAAAUUUAUCUUCAAGUCCACCAUUUGCACAAAAAUUGUUGUUCAGUGCAACUUUGACGCAAGAUCCUCAAAAACUAAAUCAAUUUCGACUCUUCCAACCCAUACUCUUUACAUCAGUGAUAGUUACUGACAGAGAUACAGAUGUAAAUUUGGAUGAAGAAGUGGGUAACUUCGUUGGACGUUAUACAAGUCCUGAAGAAUUGAAGGAACGUGCGGUUGAGUGUUCUCCAGAAUAUAAACCGAUAGCACUACGUCAAAUUUUACUACGAAAGAAACAUUUUCGCAAAACUUUGGUAUUUACUAAUUCCACUGAGUCAGCGCAUAGAUUGUCGUUACUAUUACAAUUACUUUUAUCUGAGAAGAAUAUCAUAGUUGAAGGACUUUCCAGUAGAAUCAUAGCCAGACAACGCGAGGAAAUUUUGAAUAAAUUUGCAUUGGGUGAAAUUAACGUUCUCGUUAGUUCAGAUGCAUUAGCCAGAGGGAUGGAUAUACCAAAUGUUCAAUUAGUAGUAUCAUACGAUCUUCCCAAACAUAUCAAAGGGUAUAUACACAGAGCUGGAAGAACAGGGCGUGCUGGUAAAUCAGGUACUGCAAUAUCUAUUCUAACAUCCAAUCAAAUUGGUAUAUUUAAGCAGAUGUUGAGUUCUGCUCACAAAACUUUACCAAAAAUAACAAAAUUGGAAUUAGAUGAUAUUGCUGAUAAAUUAAAUUACGAGGAUCAUUUAAAUAAAUUGAAAGAUCUGUUAGAGGAAGAGAAGGUUGGUACUAUAACUAGAAAGAAAUCUAUGAAACGAAAAUACAAUCAAAUAUCAAAUGGAAAAAAUAAAAAAUAA